AUGGAAAGAUUGAAGGAGCUUACCCAGUUGGGAAAAGAGAUGGGGUUAACCGCCAAGGAUUUGAAGGCAUUUGUGACGGAACAGCAAAAUGCUGAGCGAGAAGAACGGGUGUCCGAGAGGGAGAAAGAACGAGAGGAGAGAGAGGCUGAGAGGAGAGAGAAAGAGAGGGAGCAGAAGGAUCGUGAGCGUGAGGAAGAUAGGAAGGAACGAGAACUUGAGCAUCAGCGGCGGUUGGAAUUAUUACAGGAGCAACAGAAACUGGCAGUGUCAACAGCUAAGACCACCACCAGCACCACCAAAGUUACGCCAAAGACUCCGAGACUUCCCACAUUUGACGAGACAAAGGAUGACAUGGAUGCCUAUCUUCAUCGUUUUGAGCGUUAUGCAGAGGCCCAAUCGUGGGACAAAGACCAAUGGGGUGUAAAUCUUGGGGCCCUGCUGAUGGGAAAAGCAUUAGAGGUCUACUCCCGCCUCUCAUCGACUGAGGCCAUGGAUUUCCAGAAGUUGAAGGAGGCGCUGUUGGUCCGUUUUGAUUUGACCGUGGAUGGUUUUCAGAAGAGGUUUCGGUCAGCCAAGCCAGACGCAGGGGAAACCUUUGGACAGUUUACCACUCGCCUAAGGAACUAUUUAGACCGAUGGCAGGAGUUGGCGAAAGCGAGUGCAACUUUUGAGGGAAUCGUUGACCUGUUUAUGCGAGAACAGUUUCUCCGUGUCUGUGCACCAGAGUUAAAGCUAUUCUUACGGGAGAGAGUCCCAAACUCUGUCAAGGGUAUGGCAAUAUUAGCUGAUCAGUACAGAGAGGCAAGGGGAGGUAACAUCCUGAAUAUUCUUUACCGGCCUAGAGCAACGGUCGGGCCAGAUCCCAGGCAGCCUGAACAAGUAAAGCAGGUCUCUGUGAGGAACACUCCAACUGCUAACAGUGCUGGAAACAGAUCAGAUUCAUCAUUUGGUCAGAAACAGGGUAGCUUUUAUAAGGAUACGAGGAAAUGUAACUACUGUGGUAAAAUUGGUCACAUAGCCAGGUUUUGUCAUACUCGACUUGCAGCAGCAAGUAUGAGAGCUGAGGGACAGCCUACUGAGAUGGAUUCCAGCGGGGGUGAAGCCUCUGAUCAUGAGGUGUCUUACUGUAUGGGAGUGACUCCAACGACGGGUUCAGUUCUCAAUUCCGUCACUGGUGGGAACCCAACCCUCAUAUCCACAAACUGCUCAUCGUCAAUUACUCACACAGGUGGUGGCCUGAAUAGUAUGCCGGUCCACUCAGGGAAAAUUGACGGACAUCCCGCGGUGCUAAGGGUGUUGAGAGACACUGGGUGCAGUGGAGUUGUUAUUAGGAAGGACUUGGUUGAUCCGGCCCGUUACUUAGGAACGACUCAGCGAUGUACCCUCAUAGAUGGAUCGACCUUGACAGUUCCGAUGGCUGCAGUGGCCGUUGACACACCCUUCUAUAAGGGGAAGGUUGAGGCGAUGUGCAUGGAGAAGCCGUUGUAUGACAUCAUAAUUGGUAACAUCGAAGGGGCAAGGGAACCCGGAGACCCGGAUCUCGAUUGGACAGUUGCAGCGGUAUUGACUCGAGCACAGAAAAAGCGUGAGAAGAUGGAUUUGAAGCCACUUAGAGUACCGAAAAUAGUUGGUGACCUGGAAGACAAGGAAAUAUUCCGGAUCGAACAGGCAACUGAUCCUUCACUUACCAAGUUCCACCAAUAUGCAAAGGAUGGAACGCAAAAGCGGAACAAGUAUGGGGCGGUGACAUCUUACAGAUAUAAGAAAUCGCUGUUGUAUCGAAAGUUUGUUUCGCCAAGAGUGGACAAUGGAAAGGAGUAUCUUCAGCUCCUGCUGCCAGUGAAGUUCCGUGUCAAGGUGAUGUACUUGGCCCAUGACUCUCUCAUGGCAGGGCAUUUAGGCCGCAGGAAGACCUAUCAUCGAGUAUUGGACGAGUUCUACUGGCCUGGGAUACAGUCAGAAGUGACUCGUUACUGCCGUUCCUGUGACCUAUGCCAGCGCUUUAUCCCGAAGGGCAGGGUUCUAAAGGUACCACUAGGAAAGAUGCCGUUGAUGGGUUCACCUUUUGAGCGUGUGGCUCUGGUUUUGAUUGGACCCCUGUUUCCGCCAACUGACAGAGGCAACCGCUACAUCCUUACAUUCAUGGACUACGCAACCAGGUACCCGGAAGCAAUCGCACUACCUAAGAUUGAGACAGAACGGGUGGCGGAGGCUUUAGUUGAUAUUUACAGUCGACUGGGUGUGGCUGAAGAAAUACUGACCGACUUAGGUUCGCAGUUUAUCGCUGAUUUGAUGAAGGAAGUGAGCAGACUACUAUCUUUCCAGCGAACUACAACUACACCAUACCAUCCCCAGUGUAAUGGCUUAGUGGAGAAGUUCAAUGGAACGCUCAAGCAGAUGCUCAAGAAAAUUUAUGGUCACGAGGACUUGGACCAGGAGGUGAAAACUACAUACCAGUACGUGUUCGAUCUGAGGAACCGUCUGGAGGAGACAUUGAAGUUGGCACAAGACAAUCUGAAGGGGGCAGCCAAGAAACAGAAGCAGUAUUUUGACAAGCGCACUAGAGUACGCCAGAUGAGUGAGGGUGAUGAGGCGUUGGUACUGUUACCCAUUAACGCCAACAAGCUGCUGAUGCAAUGGCGAGGCCCUUACAAGGUUGUUAAGAAGAUUAAUGCCAUGGACUAUAGACUGAUGAUGGAUGGGAAAGAGAGGACCUUCCACAUAAACAUGUUGAAGCAAUAUAUUCCACGUGCACGAGAUCAAGUUGCAGUUGUAGUGGAGGAUGGAGAAGAGCAGUGCGCUGUGGUUUUAGAGAGUGUUGAGGCAGAACCCCCAGAGGUAGAGACUCAGCUACCAAGGUUAGAGGACCAAGUGGUGGACAAAGUGGGUGAAACCAUGGAAGAUGUCCACAUCUGUGGUGAUUUGAGGCCAGAACAGAUUGAGGAGGUAAAGGAGAUACUGUGUAGCUAUCAAGAUGUACUAACUGAUUCACCAGGGAGGACUACAGUGUUGAGUCAUGAUGUCCGAUUGACCACGUCAGAUCCGGUGAGAGUUCGCCCCUACCCUAUUCCAUUUAGCAUGGUUGAGGUUGUGAAGCAUGAGAUCGAGAAUAUGUUGGAUAUGGGAGUAAUCGAGCCAUGUGAUUCACCUUACUCAUCACCAGUCGUGAUCGUGAAGAAGAAAGACGGGAGCAACAGGUUUUGCAUCGACUUUCGUCGGAUAAACCAGAUCACAGUGUUCGACCCCGAGCCCAUGGCUGAUGUUGAGAGUAUUUUUGCAAAACUGGCUGGUUGUAAAUAUAUAUCCAAGUUUGACCUCUCAAAAGGUUACUGGCAGGUCCCUCUUACGGAGCAAGCGAAAGAAGUGUCAUCAUUCUCAGUGCCAUUCGGCCAUUUUCGGUUCAAAGUCAUGCCAUUCGGAAUGGUAAAUGCCCCCGCGACAUUCAAUAGACUGAUGAGGGUUGUGUUAAAGGGAGCGGAGAGUGCGGACAACUUCAUGGAUGACGUUAUGUUAGGGACGAUCCCUUGGUCUGAGCACCUAAGGGCAAUCGUGGACUUCCUCACAAGACUACGAGAUGCUGGCUUGACGGCAAGACCCUCAAAGAUAUAUAUUGGAUACUCCAGCCUAGACUGUCUUGGACAUGUAGUGGGUAAUGAUUCAUUGGCACCCAUGUUAGAUAAACUGGAGGCUAUUGAGCAGGCUCCAGUUCCAACCACGAAGAAACAGGUUCGGUCUUUCCUGGGCUUGUCUGGAUUCUACCGGAAGUUCAUACCUCAUUACUCCGAAUUGGCAUCACCACUUACGGACUUGACAAAGAAGGGACAACCAAAUAAAGUUGGAUGGUCCGAAGUUCAGGAAACAGCCUUUCGCAAGUUGAAACGGGCGCUUUGUUCAAAGCCCAUUCUGAGACUACCAGCAUUGAAUGAGAUGUUUAUUCUUCGGACAGACGCGUCUGACAAGGGACUUGGUGCUGUGCUGCUGCAAGUAGUGGAUGGCGUGAAGUUACCCAUUGCCUAUGCCAGUAAAAAGUUACUGCCCAGAGAACAGAACUAUGCAACUGUUGAGUUGGAGUGCUUAGCGGUGGUGUGGGGUGUUCACAAGUUCCACAGGUAUCUAUAUGGAGUUGAGUUCAUUUUGGAGACAGAUCACCAACCUCUGACGUUUCUGAAAAGAAACAAGGCUAGUAACAGUAGACUCAUGAGGUGGGCACUGUUGUUGCAGCCCUAUCGGUUCAAUGUGAGAGCCAUUAGGGGGGUUGACAACGUAGGAGCUGAUUACCUUAGUCGGACUUAG